CCCGACUUAUUUCUCCGUCCCGGGUCGUUUUUAAAGGAUAACGCUCUCCUCUAUCCAAUCCUUCACUCUGAAAACCCCAAAUUUCCCCCCAGAAACCCUAAUUUUCGAUCGAAAAUGACAACAAUCUCUUCUCUAUUUCCCCCCAAUCUCUUCUACAACUCCAAAACCCUAACCAAAACCCCGAACGCAUUGGUAUCUACAUGGUGUCCGAGCGCUCUAGCUUCCUCUAGAAACCCUCGACCUUCAAAUUCUUCAGUUUCAUGCUCAAGCCCUAGAAGAAACAAGCUGGUGGUUUUGGCGGCAACCGCGGAAGCGACGGCUCAGGAUUCUGAGGUGCAGAGGAGGCUGUAUAUUGGGAAUAUUCCAAGGGAUGUUGAUAAUGAGCAGUUGGCUAAGAUUUUUGGGGAGCAUGGAUCAGUGGAGAAAGCUGAGGUUAUGUAUGAUAAAUACUCUGGCAGGAGUCGGCGCUUUGCUUUUGUCACAAUGAGCACAAUAGAGGAUGCCAAUGCUGCUAUUGAGAAGCUUAAUGACACUGAAAUUGGAGGCAGGAAAAUCAAAGUGAACGUGACAGAAAAACCCUUGCAGCCUGUUGAUUUGUCGCUUCUUCAACCUGAUGAUGAAUUUACUGACAGUCCUUACAAGGUUUAUGUGGGAAAUCUUGCAAAGACAGUUACCUCUGAAAUCCUUAGCAAAUUCUUCUCUGAGAAGGGAAAUGUUCUCGGUGCAAAAGUGUCCCGGGUGCCUGGAACCUCAAAAUCUAGUGGCUUUGGCUUUGUCUCAUUCUCCUCUGAGGAGGAAGUUGAAGCUGCUAUAUCAUCAUGUAACAAUGCCUUUUUGGAAGGGCAACGGAUCCGUGUCAACAAAGCCUAAUGCUGAUGAAGCUUUGGAAGUCUUCAAAAUGCCUGUAUUUUUGUAUAUUAGGAUAGGCUUUGAUGGAAUUUCCAAAGACUUAUUUUCUCAGAAGCAACAAAUAUGAACAGGAUUGCAGCUGAUGCAUCUUUUGGAAUCAGUUUAUAUGUGCGACCCCUUUUUGGGACUGUCAGCUUGUUCAUUUUGCAUUGCUAAAAUGUGGGCAGAACUCCACUUCUGUGCUUUUGCUUGCCACUUCGUCGUGAUGUAUUUAUUUUGAGUAACAGUGCAUUGUUGUGGAGAAUGAGAAAUGAGAAACACAUUUUGUUCUCAUCAUUUUUUU